CCCUGCCACAAGGGUGGGGAGCCGGGGGUCUGCCCGGCCAUGUAGGUGGGAUUCAUCCCCAGCCGUACUGGACGGGGAGCAUUUAGGGAGAGGGCACCAGGCGGAAUGCGUCGCGGCCAGGGGGAUCUCGGGGAUCCAGCCGCCUGGCGGGUGGAUUGGGUCAUUCCCCGGUGCCGUGGCUGUAGUCCACCUCCCUCAACUGGCAUCUGAUUGUCUUUUAAGAGUGUGAACCCUCGCAAGGAUACAGGCCCUGAUGGGGUACCUGGCAGGGCUUGGAAAACCUGCGCUAACCAACUGGCGGGGUUAUUCAAAGACAUUUCAAUCUCUCAUUGCUGCAGUCGGCUGUUCGCUCCUGCUUCAGGAGGGCAACAGUCAUACCAGUGCCCAAGAAGAGCAGGGAGGUACAGACAGACGGAUGUCUGGUACUGCCCUGUCGGAGUGUAAACUGGACUCCUGCCAGCUGGACCAUACCCUCGGCGAACCCCAGGCUGCGCUGGAAUGUGACCCGGACCCAACUCGGGAGUCAGCGCCGCCCGGGUCAGAGCCAGGCCCGUACUGCUGCCUCGAGUGCGGCCUCUCGUUCCACCAGCACAGUGACCUUCAGCAGCACGGCCGGGCGCAUGGUGAUGGGGGGCCGUUCCCGUGCCCGGUAUGUGGCCGCCGCUUCUCCCGUCCCUCUGCCAUGCUGGCCCAUGGGCGUAUCCACACCGCCGAGCGGCCCUACCACUGCCCGCACUGCGCCAAGGCUUUCAAGAGCUCCUCCAAUCUGGCCAAGCACCGGCGCAUCCACGGCACCGAGCGCCGCUUUGAGUGCGAGCGCUGUGCCCGCCGCUUCCUGCACCCUCACCACCUGGCUGCGCACCGGCGCACGCACGCACGCCCCCCUCCGCCACCCCCGCCCUGCGGCCUGUGUGGCCUGCAGCUGCCCAGCUCCAUUCUGCUGACACGCCACCUGCGUUCGCAUGCCGGACAGAAGCUGUGCAAGUGCAGCGCCUGCGGCCAGGCCUUCUUUGACUGCCGCCAACUGGAGGAACACCAGCGCCGGGACUGCAGGGGCAUAGUGCCGGGGGAGGGGGAAGACCCGGGCACCAGCGGGCCUGUGUACGAGUGCGGUGAGUGCGGCCGCGCCUUUAAGCUGGCCCGCUUCCUGGAGUCGCACCAGCGCCGGCACGCCGGGCCCUGGCCCCACCGCUGCGCCGAGUGCGGCAAGGCCUUCAAACAAUACUCCUCACUGUCUAAGCACCGGGCGCUGCACUCGGGCACCGAGCCCUAUCGCUGCUCCGUCUGCGCCCGUGCCUUCCGACUGGCGCACAACCUGGCCGUGCAUGAGCGCACGCACACCGCUGAGCGGCCCUACCGCUGCCCGGUGUGCGCGGCUGGCUUCCGCCAGCGUUCCACCCUGGUUAAGCACCAGCGCACGCACACCGGCGAGCGGCCCUAUGCCUGUCCGCUCUGCGGCAAGGCCUUCCGGCAGUCCUCGGCGCUUGCUGUACACCGGCGUACGCACUCGGCCGAGCGGCCUUACCGCUGCCCGCAGUGCGGGAAGGGCUUCAAGAGUGCCUCUAACCUGCUGGGUCACCGGCGUAUCCACCUUCGCUGAUCACCUGGGAAUGCUAUUCUUCCACCCCUGCCCUAAGAGCCCUUUAGCCCCGUACCACCAGCCAGUGCCCCUGCUGCUCUCUCUAUUCCUGUCCAAGAGACUCUCCCCAACUCUGCACAGCCAGCCUGCGUUCAUCCACUCAAACCCCAUUCCCCUCCCUCCGCAUAUCCCUGCCAUCUCGCUCAACUCCUACUCCGGGAGCCCUCUCCUCCACCACCCCUACCUCAACAGCCUUCUCCUCCCCUCCCUCCUCACUCAUCAACAUGAGAGACCCCACAUCCCACCGUUCUCUAUUUCUCUUUCUGCAAAUACUCUCUUUUCUCCACACUGUGCCCCCUCAUACUCCCUCACUGACUCCGCACACGCCCCCUCUUGCACUCACACUUGCUUUCUCCCCCUCAUCUGCCAUCUCUCCCCCAUACUUUCUCUUCCCCACCCUCUAUCCCCCUCCCCAACCCUCUUUCUCUGCCCCACGCCCUCUCUCCCUCUGCCACUCACCCUCUCUCUGUCUUUCUCCGAAAUAGCUACGAUUCAUCGCCUGCCACCCUGAGAGUUUCCCUUUCCCCUCCUUCCCAAAAUGCUGCCCCGCAACCAGUGCCUCCUUCCUCCUCCCCACAAAUGGCCAUUCACCUUCAUUCUCAGGCCCCCCUCUUCCUACCCUCCUCUCUCCUGCCCUCUUCACUCUUGCCCCAAGAGCUGACUGCUCCAUCCCAAUUACCACUUCCCUUACACCUGAAGGCCUCGGUCAUAUUUCACCAUCAGCUGUAGUGUGGUUAUAUAUGGGCUCCUCAUGCAGGAAGGAGGCAACUAUGGUGGAUGUCACAGAAGUGGUUUGGUUGGGAAGUUGGAGUUGUUCUUUGAUCAGAGGUUCAUAAUCUCAUGGACAUUUUUCAGAGUUUAAGUAGGAAAUGUUUUCAGCUACAGAAGAGUUGCUGAAUGCAGGUGCUGGAUUUAGUGUAAAUGAGAAAGGAAGAAAAUGUGGAGAUGUGUUGUAGGAAUUUGAAAUGCGUGUCCUGAAAGGGCUGAGAUUUUCAAAGGGGUUUGGGUAGUAAUCAGACCACAGCUGGGUACCAUAGUGUAGAAAGCAGUCCAAGUCUCAGAUUUCAGAAAAGAUCACCAAGGUGGGGGAAUUUCUGCUCCAAUGUUAGGAUGGUGAAAGAUGGGAUUAUUUGCCUUGGAGCAGAGGCUGAGAGGAGGUUUGAGGUGGGAUCAUGUGGAGAUUUCAGAUCAAGUAUGUGCAGAGUAGUUGUCAGCAUCUUCAAAUGGGAAUUGACUGAAGUUAUGGUAGAAGAUAAGGGGAAUCAAACAGCCUCUGACAACCAAGUCCAACUCCUGGCCUUCACGUGUGGCCUAGUUCUUAUGCCUGGUGGAGCUAUUCUCACUCACAGGAGAAGGGGCAAAGGCGGGCCACUGGCACCUUAGAACCAGUUGCUCCGGACAGAUGGGGUUUAUUAACCACAGAUGGUGGCUCAUCUAGGAGAGGAAAACUCUGAUUUCAAACCUCCGCAGCCUUUCGGCUAUACCCGCUCACGGGAAAGGCUUUGGGAGUAAACCCCGAGGAAAAAUCCGGAAUCGGAGUCCCGAAGGCGGCUGACUGCUGUACCCAGCACCGGCCGGCAACUCCUGCGAUGUUGCUGGCACCAAACUGUAUCGGCUUUCAUCGUUCCUUUGCACCUGUCUGUCCCACUGCAUGGGCAACAAACAUCUCCAUAUCAACUCUGUCCUGGCUUGUGCCCUGGAGAAGCCACUCUCUGUGACUACCAGAGGCGCAGUACCCAUGGUCGACCAUGACCGACGGAGGCCACAAGGAGAAUAGGAUUGGUGGUACUGAGACCUCCAGCUGUGAAUGAUUUCCCUUUACUCUGUGCUUUCAUUUACAUGGGAAGGAUGGGGUAGAACUGAUUGGAAAUGCCUUCAUAGGCUCAAUGGGCCAAAUGGCUAUUUGUGAGUUAUUCAUCCUCCCUCAAAUUUGCUUUAAACCUCCAGUUCCCAAUAGAGGGCUUCAUUCCGUUGAAUGAACUGGAGUUGAAAGAUCAGACUCUGCAGGUGGGAGCUGGAGCCUUGGGACAGUGAGGGGAUCAGACUCUGCAGGUGGGAGCUGGAGCCUUGGGACAGUGAGGGGAUCAGACUCUGCAGGUGGGAGCUGGAGCCUUGGGACAGU